AUGUCCGCCACGGACGGUGCAUCUCUCCAGAAAGGAAGCGACGGCUCCGAUCUCCUCGCUCUCGACCUCCAGAUCUCGGCCUUCGCAGCUGCGGUCAGGCACUCGCGCCGCUUCGUCAUCGCCAAACCCUUCCCCACCGCCGCCGUCACCGGCCAUGCGCCGCAGGGCGGUCCGACGCCCGAGCCGGCAAUGAGGGCGUGUCAGGCCCUCGUGAGCUCCCUCCCGCGCCUCUCAACCCUCACCACCGACGAGCUGCUCCGGGCGGACCCCGACGCCGGCCCCGCGAGCGACAGCUCCCUGACGACAGACGCGAUACGGCUGUUGCAGUGGAUCGCGGCGCGGCCGAGGGCGCGGCGCAAGGUGCAGCUGUCUUCCUGGGCGGCGUUGACGCGCGACGUCGGGGAAGGCAAGCUGGCGCGCGUGCCGCCGAAUCUGCUGCCCGACUACGUGUUCGCGCUUGGACAGAAGGGCGGCGCGGGGCCGGGGCCGCCAGCGACCGGAGAAUCGUUGUCGUACGCGUUUCAUGGAACCAGCUUCGAGAACCUGCAUUCAAUCCUUGCGUUCGGAUUGAUAGAUACCGGGGACGCGAGGAUGAUGAGCACGGGACAGAUCUUCGGGAGGGGCGUGUACAUGGCCCGGGACUACGAGACUGCGUUCGGGUUCAGCGCCGCCACCGACGCGUGGCGCAACAGCAGCCUUGGGUGCCGGCUGCGGUGCAUGCUGGUGGCGCGGUUCCCGGAGAGCAAGGUCAGCACGGAGGAGGGCGCUCGGCCGAGCGACGUGGGCGCGACCGACCACUACAUCAUCGUCCAGGACGUCUCCGCGAUCGAGCUGACGCACGUGCUGGUCUUUGUCGACCAGGGGCCCUUGCCAGCGGGGGGGGGCGACGGCACAGCAGCGGUAGCCGCUGCAGGCGACGGCGCGUGGAGCACGGCGGCGCUGAUCGCCGCGGCCGUCGUGGCGCUCGUUGCGUGGAUCGUCGGCGGCCUUUUCGCCGGCCGUUCCGUCAGUAGAAUAUUCUAG